CAAAAUUUGGUUUUGUAAAAGCUGUUUAAAUAAGAAGUCUAUGACUUUAAAAUCCAAUCAGAGCACUGUAUAUCCAGCUGAUUUUUCAUUUGGUAAUGAGGGUCAAAUUUUCACACAAAAUUGUGACAUCUUAUUAACAUCUAAGCUUUCUGCAGCUGAUUUGCAAGAUAUUUCAGCCAAUCACAUGUUAUCAGACAAUGUGAUUCACACAGUUCAAAAAAUGAUAAGAAACGUCUGUGGGUUACAAGAUCCAGUUCUGGGACAAAACUACUCAUUUAAAGUUGUUAAUGAAUCAUUUAUACAAGUUUUGCAUGAUGGUGCUAUACACUGGGUGACAAUCAGUACUUUUGGAUGUGCUAAAGAUGAGGUAUGCGUUUUAGAUAGUAUGUUUCAUGGAAACAUAAAAAAGCAUGUAAUCAGACAAAUUUGUUCGAUUAUGAACUGUUCCAAAGAUAUUUUAACAGUACGUGUUUUGCCAGUGCAGCAACAAACAAAUGGUGUCGAUUGUGGUUUAUUCGCAUUAGCAUUUGCACAACACAUUGCCUACACUAGCUCAAAUCCUUCUUUUGUUGCUUUUGAUUCACAUAUGAUGAGAAAGCAUUUACUUCAAAGCAUUACAGAAAAUAAUUUGAAUGAUUUUCCCAAGACUAAAAAAUCAGUAAAAUUUUGCAAGGAAAAAGUAUUUUCUUUACAUUGUACUUGUAGGCAGUUGUGGAUGCCUUUAAACAAAUUUGAGAAAAAUAGUUUUAGGGAUAUAGUACAGUGCAACAACUGUGAAGAUUGGUUCCAUGGUAUUUGUCAAGGCCUACUAGAAAAUGUUUUAAAAAAUGAGAAUCUUGAAUGGUCGUGUCAAGAUUGUUUAGUUAUGUACAGUUUGUAGUUGUUAUUAAUAUUGUAGUAUUCUACAUAAUUACCCAAGUAAAGAAUAAGUAUUCUUUUGUUUUAAUACUUUAUUUUCUUGAAAUAAAAUAAUGAUUACAAUAAUAAACAAAAUAGA